AUGGGCAGUGUGCUUGAUCCUUCCCAGGAAGCUUUUGAGCAACCGCAGCUCCGAAGAUGCCAGUUCAAUUUGUCCCAAGUCGACUGGGAGCGAGCUGUCCGAAUUGGCGGCGGACUGGACGGCUAUGUUUGGAAGGUGCAUUUCGGAUCCGAAGGUCCAUACGCGCUCAAAGUGUUUUAUGAUACGUUUCCGCCCAACGUGCACUAUUAUGCUUUCGAGCGAGAGUGUCGAAACGCCGCCCUUCUUCAGCUGAUGCAGGCAGCGGUACGGCAAGCCGCCGCCGAGUCGGCCUCGAUAGUCGUAAAUAGCAAGCCGGCGACGAUUGACGAUAUCCGAAACAAUCUCUUAGCAUUCUCCAACGAGCGGCGACUGAUGUCGCCGGCCAUCGUCGGUGAAUCGGAUGAAGUAGUUUCGGAGAUUCCGCCCUUUACCGAAUGCUACGGCUGGUUGCAGUUCUCUGGCCAGACCUUUCUCGAGAUGCCCUUCAAGCAGACGCCGCCAACUUAUAAGGCGGACAAGCUUAUACGCUUGUUCGCGCCCGACAGAACGUACUUCGCUAUCGUGUAUGAGUAUAUCGCCGACCCUGAAAACAACGACCAAGUUGUGGAAAAGGUGGAUCGCUUUCUUCAUCGUGCUGGGUUUGGACACACCAUGUCCCCGGACGGAAGUAAUUGGAGGCAUAGCAAGCUCAUUGACCACAGCGAAUAUGUCGAUUACAGGGGGGCAUACCCGCCCGCCCCCGUCGAAGUGACGCCGUUGAAGUAG